AUGGCCUCCUUUCUCCCUGUCAACACCUCCGAAGACGCCAUGGACGGAGCAGCCACCCCGCGUGCAAUCCCAAACGGUGUGCCGGCCACAUCGGACGGAUCGACAACAGACCCGGACGGGGUGUCACAGAGCCGUGGCAGUGAGGCUUCAUCCCGCACAACCGUGACUCAUGUCCGAACGCCCUCCAUGUCAGACGAGCCCAUGCAAGACUCCGAGGGAGAGGAGGACUCGGAUCGGGAUCAGGACCUGGGGAGUAAUGCCCCACCCUCGAAAAAGAAGAAAGGACAACGCUUCUUCUGCACCGAUUUCCCUCCCUGCAACCUGAGUUUCACUCGAAGCGAACAUCUGGCCCGCCAUAUCCGCAAACACACGGGCGAGCGCCCCUUCCAAUGCCACUGCUCGCGGCGCUUCUCCCGCCUCGACAAUCUCCGACAACACGCGCAGACGGUCCAUGUGAAUGAAGAGAUCCCCGGGGAUUCGCUGGCGGCCACGGGGACGCGAUUUCAACGGCAGGUCCGGACGGAGAGGGUGCGCCCACCGGGUCGGGCGCGGGCAGGCACCGGAGGCAGUAUAGGAGGACAUAGCCGAGGUCAUAGCAGGAAUUUAUCCACUUCGAGCAUUGCCUCCACGACGUCGACGUUCAGCCAGCCUCCGGAGUUGAGGCGGCGACCCCCGCCUCUGAUCAUGGCCAAUGACCCCGCGGCGCGAUCCCGUCUGGCCAUGGAGACCAUGGGGGAGCCGCCCAGUACGCCCCCAGGGCAGAUCCGUGGGGUUCCCGGUCCAGCAGCGGGGUCCCCGUAUACACCCUCCAAUAUGUUUGCUGCCAAUGGAAGUCCCCAAUAUGCAUCCCCCAUGUCGACCACAUCACAUGGGUUCUGGGAGGGCAAGACGGCUGCCCGUCGUCUGUCCGUGCCCACCAGCAGCAAUCCGUUCCUCGCACAGCAUGGCAACGCAUAUCCGCCAGUCUAUCCCGCCCCGGGAGUCCCCUAUCCCAAUCCCGCCGGCGUGUUCGCCAGCCCCGCGAGCUCUCAUUAUUCGGUCUCGCGGGAUGAAGGUACGCUCAGUGCCGCGGAGGCUGAAAUGCGCAGAAGGACAUGGCACCCUUCGUCCUACACCGGAUUCCCCCGCCCUGGCACAAGUGGCUUAAAUCAUUAUCACACUCCGGACACGGUGCCAGCCUCAUUUGGGGGGAAUGGAAAUGGCAAUGGCAAUGGCUCUGUAGAAAAUCCGCCUCGGCUGCCCGGUAUCGAGAGCUUUGACAAAGUAGUCUCCCAGCAACGGCCAUUGACUCCCCCUGGUCGGAAAGCGAGCCCCAUGCAAAUUGAUGGCCACCAUCGUCAACCUUCCGGUCACUCCCAGGCCUUUGGCUCUGGGUUCAACUAUACUCAACCCGCCCAUCGCCCACCGCCACCCAUCUCCGGUCCUGGGCAUCGUCGUGGCCACGUCUCCUGGGACAUGUCCUUGCAUCAUAACCUCACCGGACUGGACAUCCGAGACCGACGCCCUUCGACUGCCUCUGCAUCUCAGUGGAGUCAGCAGACCAUUGCUGAACUUCAAAACGUCUCCUCCCGCCCAUCCUCCUCUUACCAACCUACUUUUGGUCCUACCGCAGAGAGAAGCCCGGAGGAGUACCGUUCUCAUCGUCCCAGUCUUUCAACCAGCAGUCGACCGGCACGCACAUCCCCCGAAGAUUCCAGCAGCAGCGAGGGCGUCCAUACCCCAUCUACUGCCUCGCUUGAAUACCAUCCCGCAAUUGUGCAUAGCAGUGGAUAUAUCGAACCCAACGACUCCCCCAUCCCAUCCGAACACCCUCCACCGAUCUGUAGUCGGCAAUCCUCUCACGUGGACGACUUCCCCGCCAGCAACGACCGAGAGCCUCGAUCCAACAUGUACGAGUCUCCUGCCCGGAACACCGGCAUGGGUCGCUUGGAGGCUCUCGUCGCCGUCGCUACCAGCGAGAACAAAGGAGCAGCGAAGCUGUUUCUGUAA